CACCACUCGUAGACGUAGAUAUGUCACAAAGUAUAUACGGUCCACUUCUAAUCUUAGCUACCUAUCCAGAUCUUCUCCACCUGCCCUCUCUCUUUCUAUUGGGCUCUGGAACUGCCAGUCUGCUGUGAACAAAGCAGACUUCAUCCCGGCGUUUGCAUCCCAUGCUUCUCUUCACGCCCUUGCGCUGACAGAGACAUGGAUCCUCCCAGAGAACACUGCAACUCCAGCUGCUCUCUCCGUCAACCACUCGUUCUCUCACUCACCCCGCUCAACCGGGCGAGGUGGUGGGACAGGUUUGCUCCUUUCCCCACAUAUUAAAUACACAUCCACCCCACUCUCUGUUACUGCCAAAUCAUUUGAACACCAUUAUGCGAUGCUAACUGAUCCUAUCAAAGCAUUUUUAGUUGUGCUCUACCGCCCACCAGGGCCGCUAGCCGACUUUGUGGAGGAGCUGGACAUGCUCCUCAGCGUCCUCCCGGAUGAUGGAACACCGCUGAUACUCCUUGGGGACUUCAACAUCCACCUCGAAGGAACGCAGGCCGUCGACUUCAAGUCUCUUCUGACUUCCUUCGACCUGAAGCUGCUGAACACACCGGCGACCCACAAGGCAGGAAAACAGCUCGACCUCAUCCUGACACGUAACUGUAUCACUGACUUAACCUCUGUAACCCCACUACACAUUUCUGAUCACUCCUUCAUCCAAUUCUCUGUCUCUCUCCCCCCAACCCCUCCUACCUCCCCUCCCCUCGUAACUUUCCGCCGCAACCUCUGCUCCCUAUCCCCCUCCCAUUUCUCCUCCAUUGUAACAUCUUCCCUCCCUCCCAUUGACGAGUUAUUGUGCCACCCCACUGACACUGCCACCAACACCCUGUUAUCCACACUAACUGCAUCACUCGACACUCUCUGUCCCCUGUCAACCAGGCCUGCGCGAUCUUCUCCCUCCUGCCCGUGGCUCACGGAUGUGAUUCGUGAAGAACGGUCCAUCCUUCGGGCAGCUGAGAGGAGAUGGCGCAAGUCCAAAGACGAACAACCUGCUUGACCCCAACCAAUCGGGCUUCAAGACUGGCCACUCCACAGAAACUGCCCUCCUGUCAGUCACCACGGCCCUCCAGUCUGCCAGAGCGGCUUCGAGG